AUGCCGAUAACGACAGCCCCUCCGCUCCUUGUAGCUCUCGGCGCACGCAUCUUUCUCAACGCCUUCAUCUUCCAACCACACCAGCUCCCCACCGCCUCCGACUGCCUCCUCAAUGGCCUCUUCCAGGGCGUCCUCCUCUACCAUGCCCUCACCGAGCUCCCGCAGCUCACCCUCCUCGUCGCCGCCGGUAUCGGCGGCAAGCUCGUCUUCGACUUCCUCAGCGACUCCGACGUCAUGCGCUGCCUCUGCACGGUCGUAGGCGUUGCCCUCGGUGUCCUGGGCACCGACAUGCUAUCGCGCGUGUUCGAAAAUGGUGCGUACGCCCCCAAGAGCGCCCCUACACCGAACAGCAGCACCCGAGUGCGGGACACACACGAGCCCGCAAGACGCCUCCGCCUGGUGUCCUUCGAGCGCAGCACGCAGGACCGCGCACGCCACGGACACUGGCACGGCAAUGGCAACGGGAAUGGGAAUGGGAACGGGAACGGGAACGGGAACGGGCACCGCGAGCGGCAUUCGCGCCCAGUUGAGGUACGGCCGCUCACCCCCGCACUCACCUAUGCAAGUACCGCCCCGUCGAUAUCGCUGGAGUCGGUCCCCUCAUCUAUCGACCCCGAGAACAAGAUGACCCCGCAGGAGCGCGCUAUCGCCGUCCUGCGCGCCCGCGCGAGCCUCGCCGACUCGGAACGCCGCCGUUUCAAAGAGGAGCGCAAGUGGGCGCUGAGCCAGGGAAACACGGCGCGCGCGAGCCAACUUGCGUGGCAGGUUAAGCGGUACGCCGCGCUCAUGGAGAGCUUCCACCGCGAAGCCGACGCGAAGCUUGUUGAAGCUGCGCGUUUAACCGGCCAACGGUCAUCUGUCCCAUUUCCGGGAAAUGGAAAUUCCUCUCAUCGUCGCGCCUCGCAAUCGCGACAUCGGACAACAUCCUCCUCUAACCCAGCACCUGCGCCCGCUGCUGAACCUGCCGAGCGCGCACCUCUUGUUAGCGUUACAGUGGGCACGACACGCUCUCGGAAACGAAGCUCCGGGGCAUCCACUUUGCGGCCUGCCAUCCGUGUGCAGGGAAGAGAUAUCAAUGUAACCCGUUGA